AUGUCGUCGACCUCUCCCUCGAAGGAACCGGAGGUGGAACCCGAAGUUCAAUCGGGUGAAGACCAGGAACAAAUGGAUAAGGACCAACAAGACACUCAGGCGCAGGGUCAGGGAGAGUUCGAGGUAAAGGAGCAGGAUAGAUGGCUGCCAAUUGCAAAUGUGGCCCGUAUCAUGAAGCUGGCUUUGCCUGAAAAUGCCAAAAUCGCAAAGGAGGCCAAGGAGUGUAUGCAAGAAUGUGUGAGCGAGUUUAUCUCAUUCAUCACUAGCGAAGCCUCCGAGAAAUGCCAGCAGGAAAAGCGCAAGACCGUCAACGGGGAGGACAUUCUAUUCGCCAUGACCUCCCUCGGGUUUGAAAACUAUGCAGAGGCCCUUAAGAUUUACCUGUCCAAGUAUCGCGAGACCCAAUCCGCAAGAGGCGAGCACCAGAACCGUCCAACAAGCAGUGGAUAUGGUGCUGGCGCGCCCGUAGGGGCCCCCGGGCCUGCCGGUCCUGGUGGCCGUCCAAUGGGACCUGGUGCAGGGUUUCCUGAUGCUGCUGAUAGCGCCAACAAUAUCAUGAACCAAAGCUUGGACCCGUCUGAGCAGGACACUUCCGCUUAUGGCUACCCCCCGAUGGUCGGCCAGCCGCACAACGGCACCACCGGUGAAUCUUAUUACAAGGGGCUUCUUCGGAAUCGGACAAGCAGAGACUCGAACAUCAGCCCCCCUUCAACCCUGCAGAGGCUGAAUGCCCCUCGUCUCCAGCAUGAAAGGCGGCUGGGAUCACAGGCCCAAGCGACGAACGUUUCCGGAUGUUACUCCCUGUACAGCGAUCCUAAUUACGCGGUACGAUACAAUGGGUUACUUACGGGAUAUUAA